GAGAAAAUAAUUCAGAAGGAGGAAGACCAAAUCAAGAUGUGUAGCUCUGUUGCUGCCAGAUUGUGGUUCUUGACAGAUCGUCGAAUCAGAGAAGACUACCCUCAGCAGGAGAUACUGCGAGCUCUAAAGGCCAAAUGUUGUGAGGAGGAACUAGAUUUUAGAGCUGUGGUGAUGGAUGAAGUUGUGUUAACAGUGGAGCAAGGGAAUUUGGGUCUCCGAAUCAAUGGAGAGCUGAUCACUGCCUAUCCCCAGGUGGUGGUAGUAAGAGUACCAACACCUUGGGUGCAAAGUGAUAGUGAUAUCACCGUAUUACGUCACCUAGAAAAGAUGGGAUGCCGGCUGAUGAAUCGGCCUCAAGCUAUCCUGAAUUGUGUCAAUAAGUUCUGGACCUUCCAAGAGCUAGCUGGCCAUGGUGUUCCUCUUCCAGAUACCUUCUCUUAUGGUGGUCACGAAAAUUUUGCUAAGAUGAUUGAUGAAGCAGAAGUAUUGGAGUUCCCAAUGGUGGUGAAGAAUACACGGGGUCAUAGAGGUAAAGCUGUUUUCCUGGCUCGAGAUAAGCACCACUUGGCUGACCUAAGCCAUCUUAUUCGCCAUGAAGCGCCAUACCUAUUCCAGAAGUAUGUGAAGGAAUCCCAUGGCCGAGAUGUGCGAGUCAUUGUGGUGGGAGGCCGUGUGGUGGGCACUAUGCUGCGCUGUUCAACUGAUGGAAGGAUGCAAAGCAACUGCUCUCUAGGUGGUGUGGGAAUGAUGUGCUCACUGAGUGAACAAGGAAAACAACUUGCCAUCCAGGUGUCAAACAUCUUGGGAAUGGAUGUGUGUGGCAUUGACCUACUGAUGAAAGAUGACGGCUCAUUCUGUGUCUGCGAGGCCAAUGCAAAUGUAGGUUUCAUCGCCUUUGAUAAGGCUUGUAAUCUAGACGUAGCUGGUAUGAUAGCGGACUAUGCCACCUCCCUCCUGCCCCCUGGCCGGCUCACACGGCGCAUGUCCCUGCUCUCCGUGGUGUCCACGGCCAGCGAGACUAGUGAGCCAGAGCUGGGCCCCCCAGCCAGCACUGCUGUCGACAACAUGAGCGCAAGCUCCAGCUCUGUCGACAGCGACCCCGAAACCACGGAGAGGGAGCUACUCACCAAGCUCCCAGGGGGCCUGUUCAACAUGAACCAGCUGCUAGCCAAUGAAAUCAAACUCCUGGUGGAGUGACUCCACCUGUAAAUAAUUAACAAACAAAGCCCUUGUAAAUCUUUCUCUCUCUCUCUUUUUUUUUCCAUUUUUUCCUUCCUUUUUUGAAACCAACUUGCAAUGCUGUUUAUGAGAGAAGCUCAGGGAGCUGGGGGGAAACUGAGCCAGGUCAGAUAAGAGAACAAAGAGAGAAAAGGAACUAUGUUUUUCAGUCACUGUUGUCCUCCAUUUUUUAACACUGCUGAACCAUUAAAUGGAUUUUACCAUAUGAAUUAAUAAGGCCGAAGAGUAGGGGUAAGGUCUUCAGGUGCAAGUAGAUAAUUCCUUCACUAUUGUUACCUUUUAAAAUACCCUCAAAAAGAAUAUUGCAUUAGGGCCAGAGAAGAAGAGAUAUUGCACAACUCCUUUUAUCUUUUGUGUUUGGA